AUGGUCUCGACACUCUCUCUACAGGGCCUCCAAGCCUUCCUGCAGUCAGUCGGCGUUGGAGAUCCGCUCCCUCCAUUUCCUCUAGCCGAUGUUUGCGUCAGUCCUAUCACUGUUUAUUUCUCAUAUCUCGCUACUACGCUAAUCCAUCUUACCGACUGUGAGGCUGAUGCGGCAUGGGAUUCUAUUCAGUGGUCUACUGAUUUGAGCGACCUCGUGGUGGUGGUCCCGCGACUACGACUCCAGUCAAUUGAUCUAAACGGGUUCGCAUGUGAACUCCAAAAGAAGUUUCCCCCCAAUUCCCUUUUUGAGCAUCCGUUCAAGGACGAGAUUAAUCUGCGCUUUAUUUUCAACUCUCACACCCUCUGUCGUUUGCUCAUAGCUUACAUCCUGGAUCGCGGCCCAGAAUAUGGUAAAAACAUUUCCUUGAAACUCCAAGAGUCCGACGAGCCCGGACGUCGCCGCGGAAAAGUCAUAGUGGAGUUUUCCUCGCCCAAUAUUGGUAAGGAGUUUAACGGUGGCCACAUACGAAGCACUAUUAUUGGGAUGAAUAUUGCAUCGAUGUACGAGAGUAUGGGAUGGGACGUCGUAAGAAUAAACUACCUCGGAGACUGGGGUCAGCACAUUGGCCUACUCAUGGCCGGUUGGUCCAGAUUUGGAUCCGAGGAGUCCUUUGAGGCAGACCCUCUAAGACACUUACUUAGCGUCUUCAAGCAGGUAGAUGUUCUGUACCAGUCUGAGCGUCGCGGUUCUUCGUCAGCGGAUGGCGCGGAAAUCAGCAGUGAGAAGAACGCCCACUGCAGGAGACUGGAGGAAGGAUGCCCGGGCGACUUGGCCCUCUGGAAGAAGUUCCGAGAUGCCAGCAUUGCAAACUAUAUCAGCGUUUAUGAGCGGCUGAAUUUGAAAUUUGACGAGUAUUCGGGAGAAUCCGCAUUUGACCAGGAAACAAUUAUUGAAAUUGAGUCAUCCUUAAAGGAGAAAGGCAUAUAUGAGGAGAGCGAAGGCGCUUGGAUCAUCAACUUCAAAAAGCUAGACCCAAGGGGGCUACCGAAUGCAAUUUUAAGGUACCGAAACGGUAGCACGACGUAUUUGAUGCGCGACAUUGCAGCGUUUUUGGGGAGAAGCAAGAAGCAUUCAUUCGACAAAAUGAUAUAUGUCGCUCAGUCUAAACAAGAUACACAUUUCCAGCAGCUAUUCGCCGCUCUGAAGCUCUUGGGACACCAAGACAUCGACAGCAGACUCAAACACGUCAGCUUCGGCAACACCCAUUGUUCGGUGCCGACCGCAGACAGCAGCGGAGUACUACUGCGAGAUAUACUUGAUUAUUGCCAGGCCGUCGUGCAGAGUAAUUUGGUAGCUGACAACGAGAGUCCGCUCAAAUUCUCAGUUGAUGACCCGAGUGUAUCCAACACUCUAGGUAUUGCCAACAUGAUUACUCAAUGCUUAGCCCACAGACACAACACUAAUGUUGCCAUCGACGUUGACAAAAUCAUCUCGACCGGGCCACAUACCGGUAUUUCACUGCAACGAUGGUACGGAGCCUUGUGCCUGAAGCUUCAAGGCAAUACUGUCAGCUACACGGAGUUUGACAGCGCCGAUACAUCCAUUUUUGAACAAGAGGAAUACGCGGGUAUUCUCCGCCUGCUUAUUCAAUUCCCCGAAGUAACAAAAUCGUCAUUCAGCUCGACAACGCUGGAGUCAUCAACAAUUCUCACGUACUUGUUCCGGCUCACUGGCAUUCUCUCAACGUUAUGGAAAGGCUAUGAGGUGCCGACAAGUUCGACAGGCAAUGUCGCUGAGAUGGCGCUCUACGAGGGUAUUCGCCAAGUCUUGGAGAAUGGGAUGAGGAUACUAGGCAUUGUGCCCAUCAUGGUGUACGAAUAA